AAAUAUCUAAACUGGCAGCACUAUUGUGAACGUGAAUCUGCGUCAACACAAAGAAGAAGAGAGGAGAUAAACAGCAGUGAUUUGUUGUUCCAGUCAGGACAAAUGGACAAUGAUCCGAGGGAGAGUGCACCUGCCAAGGACGAUCCGGCCGAGGAGGCAAGCCUGUCCGUCGCCACCAACUUCGCGCCCAACCGCUGGGUGAAGUUGAACGUGGGCGGCCAGAUUUAUGCCACCACCAUAGACACUCUAGUGGGCAGGGAGCCGGAUUCGAUGCUGGCGAGGAUGUUCCUGCAGGACGGCAACAUGGUGCCCAGCGAGCGGGACGAGCAAGGCGCCUACCUGAUAGACCGUAGUCCUCGCUAUUUCGAGCCCAUCAUCAACUACCUGCGGCAUGGACAGUUCGUCUGUGACUCCAAUGUCAGCAUCCUAGGCGUGCUGGAGGAGGCGCGUUUUUUCGGCAUAUACUCGCUGGUCACACACCUUGAAGAACGCCUAGGGCAGGAAGAGGAUCCACAGAGCGAUCGGCCGCUGACGCGCAUGGACGUAAUCAAGGCCAUCAUACAGACCUCAGUGAUAACGGAGCUUCGCUUCCAGGGCGUUAAUCUCUCCGGAGCCGACUUGCGGAAGCUAGACUUUCGCAACAUCAACUUCAAGUACGCCAACAUGUCCCACUGCAAUCUGUCUCACACCAACCUUAACUAUUGCUGCCUGGAGCGGGCGGAUCUGCAGUAUGCAAACCUGGAGUGUGCGCAGCUGGUAUCCGUUCGAGGACUCUGUGCAAACAUGGAAGGUGCCAACCUAAGGGGCUGCAACUUCGAGGAUCCCACCGGCGUGCGGACCAAUCUGGAGGGCGUUAAUCUGAAGGGCGCCUGCCUUGAGAGCAGCAACAUGGCGGGCGUGAACCUGCGCGUGGCCAACCUAAAGAACGCCAACAUGAAGAACUGUAAUUUGCGCGCCGCCGUGCUCGCCGGAGCCGACCUGGAGCGAUGCAAUCUCUCUGGCAGCGAUCUCCAGGAGGCCAAUUUGCGCGGAGCGAACCUUAAGGACGCCGAGCUGACACUCAUGGUGACGCCGUUGCACAUGUCGCAGGCCAUUCGCUGAUCGGGGUUCCUUCGAGGGGACAAUACCAUGUGCAAUCACAUAUCACACCUUAAUUAUAAAUUAUUUGUAAAGAAUGCGGUCUUAAUUUAGUAAGUGUGUACAUACGUGUUUUUUUUAACAUAGCCCAUAAAAUAAACAGUAUUAGGAUUGAUUUG